GACUCCUCCCCCUUCCCCCUCCCGGAGUCACGUAGCUCUGCGGCAUCAACAGUCCUCUUUGCAGCCGGAGACGCGCAGCCUGGAGCAGCAGCAGCAGCAGCAGCUUCGACGCCGGCGACAGACCCCGCAAAGUGAAAAGCGGCCAAGAUGACUCACCAGUACCCUGCCCUCACCGCCGAGCAGAAGAAGGAACUCUCGGAUAUCGCCCAGCGCAUUGUGGCCCCUGGCAAAGGCAUCUUAGCAGCUGAUGAAUCUGUAGGCAGCAUGGCCAAGCGCCUGAACCAGAUCGGGGUGGAGAACACGGAAGAGAACCGGCGGCUUUACCGGCAACUCCUCUUCAGUGCUGACAGCCGGAUCCAGAACUGCAUCGGCGGUGUCAUCUUCUUCCACGAGACGAUGUACCAGAAGGCGGAUGACGGCACUUCUUUUGUUGACAUGAUCAAGGACAAAGAUAUCGUUGUGGGCAUCAAGGUGGACAAGGGCGUCGUGCCCCUCGCUGGGACUGAUGGAGAAACCACUACUCAAGGCUUGGACGGGUUGUCGGAACGCUGUGCUCAGUACAAACAGGAUGGAGCCGACUUUGCCAAGUGGCGCAGUGUCCUGAAGAUAAGUGAGAAUACUCCCUCCUCCCUGGCCAUCAUGGAGAAUGCCAACGUGUUGGCGCGCUAUGCAAGCAUCUGCCAGCAGAAUGGCAUCGUGCCAAUUGUUGAGCCAGAGAUCUUGCCGGAUGGGGACCAUGACUUGAAGCGCUGUCAGUACGUGACUGAGAAGGUUCUGGCUGCCGUGUACAAAGCCCUUAAUGACCAUCACGUCUACUUGGAGGGCACACUGCUGAAACCCAAUAUGGUGACGCCUGGCCAUGCAUGCCCCACCAAGUACAACCCCGAAGAGAUCGCCAUGGCAACAGUGACUGCUCUGCGUCGGACCGUUCCACCUUCUGUUCCAGGUGUCACCUUCCUGUCUGGGGGGCAGAGUGAGGAAGAGGCCUCCAUCAACCUCAAUGCCAUCAACAACUGCCCCUUGGCUCGACCCUGGGCUCUGACUUUCUCCUACGGCCGCGCCCUGCAAGCCUCAGCCCUCAACGCCUGGCGUGGCCAGCAGGAGAAUGAGAACUUGGCUACGGAGGAGUUCAUCAAGCGGGCAGAGGCAAAUGGUUUAGCUGCUCUCGGCCAGUAUGAAGGCGGCGAGGAAGGGUCCGGUUUAGCUGGGCAGUCCCUCUACAUCGCCAACCACGCAUAUUGAGCGUCUCCCAGGACCUUCCCACGGAGAGACCCCCCACUCUGCUACCUUCCAUUCCAGUCACACCCAGCUUAUUGACUGUAGCUGCAACCGGAGCUAAGUAGCCGUGGAGUGUCCAGCACCAGGGGCGCGAUGCAUGAGAGGAGCUUGGAAGAAGAGGAACCAGCGGCACCCCCCCGUAGCUUGUGGAAUCUUGUUGCCGAGAAACAAGAGGCCAGGCCUACCUGAACAGGGCUGCCAAGUGGGUCCCUAGGAGGCACUUUGAGGCUAGAAAAAGCGCUAGGAAACGACUAAGCGUUAUUUUAACGGGAGGACCGACCGAAAGGGGCAAGAGGAGAUAGAUGCAGGGUCAGUCCCAUUGGAAGACUCUCCUGUACAGAUGGAGAGGCAGGUUCGGGAUGGUGGGGGCCCUGUCACCUGGCCAGCACUCUGCUGUCUGUUCCCACCCGCCCACCUCCUGCAUAUCUCUUUCCCCCUCCCCAGCCAUGUUUGGCUGUGCACUUGAGUGUGAGCUGUAGCUUUGCAGGGCUGGUUUGCUUGCACCCUGCCUCCCCCAGCCACAUCUGUGUGCUGCUGGCAAGGCAGUAGGUGCGGGGGGGGGGUAGGGACCGGCCUGUGUGUGUCGCUGUGUAUCUCGUGAGAUCUGUGUGCACUUGAUGAUGUACUAACCAGGCCACUAACUAAUAAAACAGUAGAUGAACGAUUUCCCCGCUC